UUUCAAUUACAUGAGAACUCUGAUUCAACCUUCUGGAUAAGAAGACAAAUAUUUGGCUUUCAUGAACUCAAUGGCAGAAGGUUUUGGAACCAGACAUCAAGUAAUCAUCAUUAACUCAAAUGGCUUUUAGGGAACAUUAGGCCAAAGCUUGUACUUUGGAUUUAUCAUACUCCUUGCUGGGAAGGAACAAUGGUAAGAAUUCACUCCACAGUUAGCAGAACUUGUCAGCACAUCAAUUUGGUCUAAGACCUUAUUCUUUCAUAUUUUCCAGAAUCACAGUAUGAGAGUUUCAAUUCUUAAUUAUUUUACUGCCAAGAGAGUUUUUACUUUCAAAGAAACAUUAGGGAAAAAGCUGUAUUGCAUCUACAGCUCAAAAAAACAUCCCUUGUCAUCAUUAACCUCAUGAUUCAUUAUUUAAUCUUUCAUCUUUUCUAGAAGAGUUUUUUUAUGAAGGAGACCAUAGAAAAGUAGCUUCUCAAAUGUCCAGUCUCUCUCAACCUUCAUCAUUCUUAACUAUUUGUGGUCCAAAUGGUUCACUUAUUUAUCAUCAUCCUGGGAAUACAAUCCCUACAUCCCACUGAUAAUCAGAACUUUACUGACUUGCCUGCAGAGCUAAAAAGAGUAUAAGGUUCUUCUCCCUGCCCCUCCUUUGAAAACUUGUUCCCACUUCUCAAAGAGAGAACUUCUACAGCACUUUGGAUGAUUCACUGCAGAGAUUCCCAGUCAAUACACAUACAGAGCCUAAGAUAUUUUCAAUGUUUGUCACUGUUUCUUCUCAGCAACCAGCCAGAACAUGAAAUGUCCUCUCAGUGUUUAGCUAUGAAAUAGGAUAAACCAGGGAAAAAAUUAAAUUAAAUUCAAGAAAGCUAUGGAAAGUAAUUACAAGAUUGGAAAAAAUUAUCUCCAUUUUUUUCCCCACCACUUAACAUCUCUGUUACAAUCUGAAAAUCCUACUGUGCUGCCCUUCAGUCUCCAAAAGCAUUGCUCAGCAGUGCUGUCAAUUCAUCCAGAUCUAAUUGAAGAAAAUAUUUCUGAGCAGUGCUUGUUGCCACAGCCUAUUCCUUUCUCACCUGAAGAUUAAAUAACUGUACUCUGUGCUGUGUUAUUGGACUGCACACUCUACAAAGCACAGCUGAGGCAGAAUGAAAUGCUGGUGAGCUGCACAGCUCAGUGUCAGUGUGACACUGAAGUCCUACAGCUUGCAGUAGCUGCUGAUUUUUACCCUCUAAUACCUUGAAAGGUGUCAUAUUUGUCUUUCUGGUCAAUUAGUUUCCAUCUUCUCUGCAGCAACACUGACUGAGCAUUCAAAAAAUAUGGCUAAGAUGCUAUAUCUGGAAAAGCAGCAUAUCCAAAUAACUGCCUCCACCUAAUACUCCCCAGGAAGCGAAGUGGUUUGCUCAGGUCAUACAUUUACUGAACACCUCAGACUUUAGGUCAAACACAUAAAUGGAGUUAAAAUAUUUUUAAGAUACUGUCGUAAAAGGCAUUAUUUUGCUGGGUUUUGUUUUCCAUCUACUAUUAGAUCCACCUAACCUUGCUUCCUUUUCCCUUCUGGUGUAGAAGAAAGCAAGCCCUGCACUUACACUUGUGUUCCACUUCCAGCUCUUAAGGCCUCUCUAUUCAAGGAGCUGCUCCCAGGCACUUCCUGCUGCUGGGCAGUUCCAGCAAUGGAUCCACCCCUCAGCAAGGCUGGGUUUCAAACAGGCAGAACCAGAUUCCCCAAGUAGAAAGUAAUCAAUUUGCCUGUCUACUGCAGUGGCAGAAGUUUCUCUCUCACACUACACCCUCCUGAACACUUGGACAACUAUAUAAGAACUAGAAGCAGAAGGAAUGAAGAAAAUCCUUAAUGGAAAAGUCACUCAGGACAUGUUACUUAGGGAAAUACUCAGAAAAAUGUUUCUCAGAUUGUACUGAAGCAGGAGUUCCGCUGGAAAGGAUAAAACAGAAAGCCAUCAGCACUGGAUUAAGAGUGAAACAAAACCAACAAAAAAAGAUAUUGGAUUAACUUCCUGUGUUGCAAGAGGGGGGGAAAAAAAGCCCGGGGAAAAAAAAAAAACCCUGAACACAAAAGCCAUGAGAGACCGACUGCAAGAGCUUAAACUGAGGGCUAAGGAACUACAGAUAGCUGGAGAAAACAACAGUGCAGCUGUCCAAGAAGAGGAGCAGGACUUUGAACAGCAGGCCAUUAUUUAUGAAAAAGAGCCCAUAACUGAAAGGCAUUUGCAUGAAAUCCAGAAGCUUCAGAAUGAAAUUAAUAACUUGGUGGAAGAAGUUAAUAAAUUCAGCCAACAACAAAAAAGCCUGGUGUCUUCAAUGAGGAGAUUCAGUGUUCUGAAAAAGGAAUCUAACAUAGCAAGGGAAAUAAAAAUUCAAGCAGAGCACAUAAGAAAAUGUUUGGAUGAACUGUCAAAGACAGUGAAAAAAGCUGAAAAUGAGCAUGGGCCAUCACGUGCCACAGUGAGAAUCUUGACUUUUCAACAUGCCUUCUUAUCCCACCGUUACCUCAAUGCCAUGCUCUCCUACAAUGAAGCCAUAACUGCCAAGCAGGAGAAAUGCAGGAGGUUUAUUGUCCGUCAGCUCGAAGUAGCUGGUAAGGAGGUGUCUGAGGAAGAAGUCAAUGACAUGCUCCAACAAGGAAAAUGGGAGAUUUUCAAUGAAAAUCUCCUCACUGAAGCCAAAAUAACUAAAGCUCAGCUUUCAGAGAUCGAGCAGAGACACAAAGAACUCGUCAGUCUAGAGAACCAGAUCAAAGACAUAAAGGAACUUUUUAUCCAGAUAUCAGUGCUGGUGGAGGAGCAGGGGGAGAUGAUCAACAACAUAGAGAUCAGUAUGAACAACACUCAAGAAUAUACUCAAGUAUCUAAAGAAAAAUUUGGGCUUGCAGUCAGGUAUAGAAAAAGAAACCCCUGCAGAGCAAUAUGCUGCUGGUGUUGUCCAUGCUGCAAAUGAUAAAAGAAAUGAACUCCUGGAAAUACCAAUGGUUCCUACACAGCAAACUGAUCUUGAAAAGCAGUCUUAGGAUCUCAUUUUCCCUUCAACAGCGCUCUCAGGAAAAACUCUGUCUACUUAUCCAAAGAGAGUUAGAAGAAUGCGAAGAAUGUUAUGGUUUUCACACAAUCACAUGAAUGAGGGGAAAGGAUCAAAGGACGAAAGUGCCACUUUUUUGUUCUUCUGACUCAAACUAAAAUAAUGUGGCAACAAACUACCUGUGCUUUUGGGAAGCAUUGAAAGCAUUGUUAUCUCAAAGACAGAUUUCAUAAUAAUGGUCUAGUUGCUUUUCGCAAAAUAAUAAUUGGUAUUUUUAAUUGCCUUGUGUUUUUUAGCACUUUUAUUUACUUGAUUCAAAUUCUACGGGGUUUUUUUCCCCAGAAAUUUGAAAUUCUACAAAACCAAUCUACACAUAAAGCAGACUCCAUUAGUAACAAUCCACAAUGUGAUGCCUAAACCAAACAAAAAGUCAGAAGAGAGUUAUCUGGAGUGUUUCACUACAACCUCUACAGGAAAAGUUACUCACAGACAUUGGGUUAUUUAUUUAAUAACACCCUGCUGUAUUUCUUACAGAUAGGGGUUGAGCUGCUGUUUUCUGAACAAAUUCAAGAAUACCAGCAGCAGCAGAGCACAUCACAUCACCAAACCUACAGGGAUAUUUGUCAGCAGCUUGCUGAGAAGCCAAGCAUUAACAAACCGACAGAGAGAUAUUUAUAUUAUUCAGCUACACAGGCAGACCCCCUACUAGGUAAGGAUAGGGGAAUAUGAUACUUUAUCACACAGUGUUAAGGCAUUUUCUUACUGCUGCCUGUUCUACCUAAAUGUUCAGUUGCAUCUGCAGUCUCACUUUUGCUAGUACAAAAAUUAAAGGAAAAAUAUAAAAAACCAAUAGAACUCCAUACUUAUUAAAAAAAAAAAUCUAGAACCAGAGGAUGAUUUAGGGUUGGAAGGAAUUUCUGGGGGACCUCCAGAUCAUCCUUCUGCUCCAACGUUUGCUCAAAUCAAGACAGAAAUUUUCCUAGUUGCAGCUCUUGUCUACCACUUCUGAUCCUACCACGUGCCCCUGAAAAGAACCCUGUUAUCUUCACCACCUUAUUGCUUAGGCAGCAGGAAGAUCUCUCCCUUAGUUUCUUUACUUCUAGUCUGAACAAAAGCAGCUCUCUGACUCUCCUGAUAUGUCACAUGCUCCAGUACCCAACCGGACUCACUACAUAAUAAUCACACUUAUCUUCAUGGUAGUCCUGUGGUGGGAAGUCCAGAAUGGUGCAGGACAUGCAUUUAUUUGUACUCUACAGGAGUUGCCAGAACUAAUGGAGGGUUUCCACAACUCUAGAUGGUUCCAUGAAAUUCUGCUGAUUGUAGAAGCUUGAGAUCUUCAAAUAGGAAUGAAAACCAGAUGCCUAAAGCAGCAAAUAAGAAUAGCUCCCCUGAGUACCUAAACCAGCAAGCAGAAAAGGAGUGCUUUUGCUUUCCAUAUUCCCAGUGGCUGGCUUCUACCCUGUUCCCAACUGCUUUUGGAACUUAACGAGAAACAGCUCUCUAAUGAAAUUUAACAGAAAAUAACACUGCAACAGAGGCGAAAAAAGUUCCAAAAAGAAAGUUAAAAAAAAAAUUCCACGCUAAAACCAAACCCCAAACCAGAAACGUAUUUCUGAACUCUUUGUGCUGUGCAAAGGCACAAUCAAUACUACUAUAUCUGGAUACAGUCAGAGAAGGCAGAACAAACUGCAUUACAAUCCUAAAAGAUACUAAGUGAGCUACAUGUCUUCAGUUUCAUCUAGUGGGACAAAAAAAAAAAAAAUCAAAGUACUAUCAAAGGGCACUACUGAAUAUUGUUACAUUGUGAUAUUUAUAAAUAGUUGGAUUCCUUCCAUCCCACAUUAAAAUUGCAACUGAAAUUAACUGUUAUCAAAAUACAAUCAAAGGUCUGAACCUUAAAGAGAAAAAUAUUAUAACAUUUAUAAGAAAUAAAGUUAAUGACACCACAGAUACUAUUUCAUUAAACAACCUCCCUUAACUGCUGUAUAUAUGGAAACUACCUUUAUGUUCCAAGAGCAGAGUAGAAACCAGACAAUAAACAAUACAGAGAAAAAAGUUGCUAUGGUCAACCUAUAUAUAUAUAUAUAUAUGUAUGUAUGUAUGUAUGUAUGUAUGUAUGUAUAUAAACUUAUAUAAUACACACAGAAAUACGCACCUAACAUCAACACCACCCCAUCUUCCUUUCCUGUUUUUACUUUUAGAAAAAACAAAGGUACAUAACUUUCCUUCUCUCCUGGGCCCUUAAACAGAAAGGCAUUGUGGUACUUCUUGAGGGAUUAUUGCAGCCAGGAUUGACAGGAGAGAAAAAUCAAAAUACAGCAAACACCACUGGUUUACACAGCAUCUCCCAUGCAGAGGUGUUCACAUCCUUAUCUGAGAGGGAAAUGUGUUCCUGGGCCAGCCUUCUUCUUCACACAACAGAGAUGUUUUUCUGAAGUAAACAUGAUCUUGUUAAACAAGAGUUGUGCUUUAAAUUGUGGAGUAAAACUUGAGUUUCACUAAUACGUAGGAAAACAAUACAAAAGUUAACAAUUUGAGUAGUUCUCAGAUGUAUAUUUGGUUAGAAACAGGCAAAACAGAAAGAUAUAAAACACACUGAAGAACAACUGGAAGUGAGAAAACCAGGACUUGUGGAAAGCUUUUUCUUAAUACAGGGUGCUAAUAACUGAAAAUAAAUAGCAUUAACUAAAACUUACAUUGAAAUCAUGGGAAUUUGAUGUUGAGCAUUCAAAAUUAUGAACAGCAGAAAUUUUGCAGUGAUCACUAAAGUAACUUUCCAGUGUUUUUGUUAGUUAUAUAAUCAUACAGAAGAGCAAACUAAUUAAAGCAGAGCUCUGAGUGUUCUACUAAGAAAAGUAAAAUAUUAAUAGCUUUAAUCCCUUAUCACCAAAAUAACAGGCAGAAAUGAGCUUUCUACUAAAAUAAAAAUACCUGGCCAGCAAUUUCCCUAGUAUAAAAACAUCUGCCAUAGCACACAGACUCACAUUUCCUCUUCCAACACAAAAAAACCCCAGACAACCAAAACAAAAGCCCCAGCAGACACAAUUAACCCCAAACAAAACCAGUAUUUGUCUAAAUAAUAGGAAGUCUGUGUGU